UUGCUUUCAAGAUAUGGAUCAAAAGCUUUCUCAGUUAGUAGAGGACCUCAUCACUUCAGGAGAACCACAACUGGAUCCUGAAAAAAUGAAGGAAGUGAAGAAAAUCUGCAAUGCCUUCCGAUCUUCAGAGGAGCAUAUCAGUCAUGCUUACCAUUUACUCAUGACUCAGUUGAAUCAAGAACAUGCUGAGAUACGUUUCUCAGCUUUUCAGAUUGUGGAUGAGCUCUUUACCAGGUCACAUCACUUUCGGACACUAAUUAUUUCCAACUUCCAAGAAUUCCUGGAACUCACAGUGGAAACAGACUAUGAACAGCCUCUUCCACCCCCAAAAGAAGUAGCCCAGAAACUGAAGAAAGCUGCUCUCAAAUCUGUUACAGAAUGGAAUGAGAAAUACGGAGAUGCCUACAAAAAGCUUUCUCUUGGAUAUCAUUUCUUAAAACAUAACAAAAAGGUGGAUUUUCAAGAUGUUAGCGCCAGGACUUUGGCUGAAAGAAAAAGGGACGAGGAGAAGCAAAAACGGUUAGACAACAUCUAUAAAGAAAGGGCGAAAAGAAUGGAAAAAGAAAUGCAAGAAAUGUCUGAAGAAAUUGAAAUGUGCCUAACAGAGAUGGAGAAUUGCUUCAGACUGUUAAUGCCCUUUGAUUUUACCAUGAGAGACGUGGAGGUAGGAGCGGCGGCGGCUGGAGCUCCUCAGGCAGACAGAGAAACCUCGGUAGCAGUCUUAAACGGAGCAAUCAUGUGCCCAGCAUCUGGUUUGAGGCCUGAUGACCAGGAGCAGCCUUGUUGCAGCGAAGACUUACUUCCUCCAUCUCUCUGCCUGAAAGAGGGUGGAAACAGAGAUUGGCCAAUGAGGUUGAGACCUCCAGAGCCAAAGGAGGUGGAUCACAGGGAACGUGCAGAAGAAGAUGAUUCUGAUGAUGAUGAUGAGGAGGAGGAGGAGGAUGACGAUGCCUACAAUGAUGAUGAUGAUGACGAUGAUGACUACAAUGAUAAUGAUGAUGAUGAUGAUGAUGAUGAUGAUGAUGAUGAUGAUGAUGAUGAGGUUGGGGAUGGGGAAGACUUUAUAAGAAGCCAUGGUCUUGGCUCACAUAAGUACUCUCUGAACUUGGAAAUCCCUACAGAUUUGCAAGUACACGAGAACAAAGAUAACAGGGCUGUGGUCAACAGUGCCAUGGAUGGCCUUAAGCUCAUUAAAAACAAGUUCCUACCCUCUGUUCAGUCAUGGAUUCAGCUGUUUACUCGAGCAGGGAUUCAUGAUGAACGUUUGAAACAUGCUAUUGAUCUUAAGAAGAAACUAGAAAUUGCUGUUGGAAAAUAUAAGGAAAUGAACAUUGAACCUGAAGGAAGAAAAAGGAAAAUGAGGCAAGCCUUAGAUGCCGACUCCGAUGAAGAUGAAGAUGAAGCGGAUUUUGUGGAGUUGCCCGAGAAGGAAGGUUAUGAGCCCCACAUUCCAGACCACCUGCGGAAGGAGUAUGGGCUGGAGCCCCUGUCACAUCCAUCAGCCCCGAGGAAAGGAGGAGGAAUGAAGUCAGGAGGUUUCAGCUCACCUGCUAAGCCAAGACCCAAUGAAGAAGAAUUGGACCCAACCUGUGCUGCAGCUACCCUGAGGGUGCUCCGAGACCGGCUCCCCAAGUUUUCUCCUCUGUCCAGCAGUGUAUCAGGAAGUGCCCCAGAAGCUUCUAUGGGAGAGGCUGAUGACAGCAAGGCAAGGAAGUUGGCAGACAAGCGGGCAAGAGCACCUGUGAUGCCAUUUGGGAUGGACCUUUACUACUGGGGGGAGGAGCAGCUGACAGCUGGGAAGAUCCUUAAAUUUGGUUCCCAGCAUCGGUUCUGGAAACCAAAUGAGACAGAAGAGGAAGUUGAAAGUACAGAAAUUGCUGAGAUGCUGAAGAGCCGCUACAUCACCUUUGCUGGCAAGUUUGAGCCUGUGAAGCACAAGUGUGGGGCCCCGAUGCCCAAUGGGAGCCUCUGUGAGAGGCAGGAUCAGCUGCAGUGCCCAUUCCAUGGGAAAAUGAUUCCCCGGGAUGAGUGUGGAAAUCCUAUCAACCCAGAAGACGAAGCCAGAGAGGAAAAGAAGAAAUUUGAGAAGCAAGCACAGCACCCAGAGUGGCAAGAUGUGGAGUUUAUGAAGGAAGUUGAAGCGGCUACGGGAGUGGACCUUGGCUCUGCCAGGUACAGUAAAAAAGGAACAGAGGGGAAAAGCAAAGGAAAGAAAAAGAAGUACCCAAAUCUGACUGACCUGAAGCAGCAAGUCAAUAGGUCCCGGGCGAGGAUUGGAAAAAAGGUGUUUGACAAAGGAGCAGUGAAAAGGGUGAUAAAGGCUAUGAAUCGUAUGGACCAGAAGAAGCAUGAGAAGUUUGCCAACCAGUUUAACUAUGCAUUAAAUUAAGUUGUUUCCAUACUUAUCCCUGGGGAGAGGACACAACACUCAUGGGACUGGAACUAAGUGUCUCACACCACAUGGGCUCUGCCCUGUCU